AUGACGGAAAAAACAUUUGAUCAACAAAAUCGUCGAAGAAUGGAAACAAGAAACAAAAAGAAGAAGAAGCUGUUCAUCAGUUCACAAUCGAGAAACAUCAUCAACAAUAACACGGAGGACGUGGCAGAGGAUAUAAUCAGUAAAUUGCCUGAACCCUUAAUCCAUCAUAUAUUCUCUUUUCUCCCAACCAAAUGUGCUGUUUCCACUACUGUUCUAUCAAAAAGAUGGAAAAAUCUCUGGAUAUCUAUUGCCUGUGGUGAUUUAAAGCAACACCAAAAAACCAAUAGGUUUAUGGAUUUCUUGGACAAUACAUUGAUCUCUAGUAACAUAUCGUCAACUAUGCAGAGAUUCUGUCUCAGUUGUGAUAAUGAGAGCUUUGAUGCAAACCGGGUGAGGGAAUGGAUUGUUGCUUUAAUAAAUCGUAAAAUCGAAGAGCUUAUUCUUACCGUGAAUUGCACGAGACCCAAUCUGGUUCCCCUAGACCUUUUCAGUUGUGAAUCACUGACGAUGUUGGAUUUUGAUUUUGGAAAAGAACAUGUUCUUGAUUUCUCACAAUCAAUUUCUUUACCAAAACUUAAGGUACUUCGGUUAUCGUGUAUUCUAUUUAAGGAUAAAGAACUGACUCAACAAUUUCUUUCUAACUGUCCUACACUUGAAGAAUUAGUAUUGUGCAGAUGUAGGCAAGAAGAUUUAGAUGUGUUAUCUUUUUCAGCACUGCGACUUAAGUUGUUCGCCUUAAAGGGUUCUUUAAGAGAACGUUUUUGUUAUAACCUUAGACUUGAGAUUGAUGCACCCAAUCUAGUGUCCAUCGAGUAUGGUGGCUGGCUACCGAGAGACUUUCUUGCGGGUAACUUUCCAUCACUAGUUGAAGCAGAUUUAUGCCAUGCCCGUGACAACGAAAUAAUAACAUUAAAUUCUUUAUCCAAGUUCGUAAGAUUGUGUUCCAAUAUAAAGCACCUUAAAGCAUCAUAUAAGUGUUUUCAGAUUUUUGGCAUUGCAAAUGUUCCCUUAACAAGUUUCCCUACCUUCAAUAAUUUGGUGCGUUUGGAAGUGGAUUACGAUUAUCCUCAUUUUCCAUUACCUUCCAUGAGAUCGUUAGUCAAGUUUCUACAUUUAUCACCAAAUUUGGAAUCACUAGUCAUCAAUCAGGUACCUUUUAUUCAAGAACUCAAUGGGUACGAGUUGACGUUGAAUACAACGCCUCAUUGUUUGUUGGUAUGCCUCAAUUCACUCGAACUUCGAAAUUGUAAAGGUCUCCCAGAGGAGAUGGAGUUUGCUAGAUUGUUUUUGAAGCAUGCUCAAGUCCUUCAACUGGUGAUAUUUAGAAGAGGAACUUCACUAACUUCCUCAUGCGAAACCAUGCAGCAGUUACAAAAUUUUCCAAGGUCUUCAACACGUUGUAGUUUUCAGUUACUGUAA